AUGGCAAACCAUGUAGACAAAAAACCUCGUAUUGGUGAGGAGUUGUGUAUCAAUACGAUUCGCAUGCUUUCAGCUGAUCAGCCAAGUGCUGGCAAAUCUGGCCACCCGGGUGCUCCUAUGGGCUGCGCUCCUAUGGCCCACGUUCUCUUUGGUAACGUUAUGAAGUUUAAUCCAAAGAAUCCUAAAUGGAGCAACCGUGACCGCUUUGUCCUGUCAAAUGGUCACGCAUGUGCACUGCAAUAUAGUAUGCUGCAUCUGACAGGCUAUGACCUGCCCAUUGAGGAGCUUAAAAAAUUCCGUCAGUGGGGAUCCAAGGCUCCAGGGCACCCAGAAAAUUUUUGCACGCCUGGUGUAGAAGUAUGCACAGGCCCAUUGGGUCAGGGCAUAUCGAAUGCUGUGGGUCUUGCCAUUGCUGAGAAGCACCUGGCAGCCGAGUUUAACAAGGACGGCCUGAACAUUGUCGAUCACUACACGUUCGUCAUUAGUGGUGACGGCUGUCUACAAGAAGGAGUGUCUUCGGAAGUGUCGUCACUGGCCGGACAUUUGGGUCUAGGCAAGCUUAUUGUGCUAUACGAUGAUAACAAAAUCACAAUUGACGGUCAUACCAAUCUCUCAUUUACGGAAGACGUGCAGAAGCGUUACGAGGCGUACGGCUGGCACGUCCAGGUUAUUGAAGAUGGUAACUACGACCACGCUUCGAUCCAGAAAGCGGUUGAAGAGGCCAAGGCUGUGAUAGAUAAGCCGUCGCUUAUUAAGAUUCGCACCACUAUUGGUCUUGGCUCGAAGCUCGAGAAUACUCACUCGGUGCACGGCGCUCCACUGAAGCCGGAUGAUCUGUCGGCCACUAAGGAGAAGUUUGGACUUAAGGGGACAGAGUCCUUUUAUGUCCCGGAGCAGGUCAAGACAUUUUACGACAAGACUGUAUCGGGUGCAGAACUUGAAAACAAGUGGAACGAGCUGUUUGCCAAGUACACUGAGGCUUAUCCUAAGGAGGCUGCUGAGUUCACGCGCCGUAUGGAAGGCAAGCUGCCUCCUGAUUGGAAGAAGAGCAUGCCCAAGUACACGCCUGCGGAUGCCGUCAAGGCCACUCGCCAGUACUCGGAAAUUGCCCUAAAUGCAGUCGCAACGGCUCUACCAGAGCUUGUUGGUGGCUCUGCCGAUUUAACUCCCUCCAAUCUAACGCAUCUUUCCAUGUCAGGCGACUUUCAGAAGGACACCCCUAUUGGCCGCUACAUUCGCUUUGGCGUGCGCGAGCACGGUAUGGCCGCCAUCUCAAACGGCUUGUUUGCUCACGGCGGUGUGCGUCCAUUCUGUGCUACCUUUUACAACUUUAUCGGCUACGCUUUAGGUGCCGUGCGUUUAAGUGCUCUGUCGCGCUUUGGUGUGAUCUACAUCGCUACACACGACUCGAUCUUUCUGGGAGAGGACGGCCCGACUCACCAGCCGAUUGAGAUGAACGCGUCGCUUCGCGCAAUGCCCAAUAUGUACGUCUACCGUCCCGCUGACGGUAACGAGACUGUGGGUGCCUAUAUCAACGCCGUGGAGAAUUCGCACAAGACUUCGGUGCUCGCACUUACCCGUCAGGGUCUGCCAAACCUGGCUAAUUCGACUGCCGAGGCUGUUGCCAAGGGUGCUUACAUCGUAGCUAACGUUGUUAACGGAGGCGAGGUAGAGUCGCUCGAGGGUGAACCGGACCUGGUCUUAAUUGCCUCUGGCUCCGAGGUGUCGCUGUCAAUUGACGCUGCCAAGCUGCUGACUAGCUACAAAGUGCGCAUUGUGUCUGUGCCGUGCCGUGACCUGUUUGAUGAGCAGUCGAUCGAGUACAAGAAGGAAAUUAUUGGUGAGGGCAUUCCAUCGAUGAGCGUGGAGGCUGCCGCUACCUUUGGCUGGUCUACCUACUCGCACACGCAGUUUGGUCUAGACCGCUUUGGUGCAUCGGCUACCAUUGCACAGUUGAAGGAGCACUUUGGUUUUAAUGCCAACACCGUUGCCGACGAAGCCCGCAAGUUGGUUAAGUACUAUGAUGGCCGCUCGGCCCCGAGCCUUUUCGACCGCCCUGCCCUUCGUGUCCUCAAAGCUGUGGACCAUUAG